CGCUCCGGGCUGCUGGUUAAAGAACCGCGAAUUUCAGGGAGUGGAGGAACGAGCUGGGAGGGCAGACGCGGCUCAGAGGUGAAAGCAAUGUUUGGUUUGCGAAGAGGCAAAGGAAACGAAACCAAACGGCAGCCCAGACUCGGAAGACGACUUCCUGCUUCCAAGGAAACGAAACCAACAGCAGCCCAGACUCAGGCAACGUAAGAGAGAGAGGCUGACAGUUUCUGGGAGCCAGUCCUGCAGCCACCAGCUCCUCUGUCCCCACCCGGGCGUCACGAUGGAGCUCCAAAAGACCCCAGCCAGGAAUCUGGACAAGUUCAUUGAAGACUAUCUCUUGCCAGACACGCAGUUCCGCAGGCAGGUCCGAGAAGCCAUCGACAUUAUCUGCAGUUUCCUGAAGGAGAGGUGUUUCCGAGGUGCCGCCCACCCUGUGCAGGUGUCCAAAGUGGUGAAGGGUGGCUCCUCAGGCAAAGGCACGACCCUCAAAGGCCGAUCCGAUGCUGACCUCGUCGUCUUCCUUGACUCCUUCAAGAGUUUCCGGGAGCAGUUCGAGCGCCGAGCAGAGUUCAUCGAGGAGAUUCGGAGGCAGCUGGAAGCCUGUCAAAGAGAGAAGAGGUUUGACGUGCAGUUCGAGGUCCAGGGGCAGCAGUGGGCGAGGCCCCGCGCGCUCAGCUUCGUGCUCACGUCGCCCCAGCUCAAUGAGGGGGUGGAAUUUGAUGUCCUGCCUGCCUUUGAUGUCCUAGGGAAGCAGCGACAUCUGUCAGAUGCCAUGCAAAAUAAUACUAUUGCGUGGGCUGUGGAGGAACCAGCCAGGAGGCUCUGCUGUGGUCCAGGUCAGGUGACUACAUCGUACAGACCUGACCCUGACAUAUAUGUCCGACUCAUCAAAGAAUGCCAGUCCCUGGGGAAGGAGGGAGAGUUCUCCUCCUGCUUCACGGAGCUGCAGCGAGCCUUCCUGAGGCAGCGGCCAACCAAGCUCAAGAGCCUCAUCCGCCUGGUCAAGCACUGGUACCAAAAGUGCAAGGAGAAACUUGGGAAACCACUGCCAGCACAGUACGCCCUGGAGCUCCUGACAGUCUAUGCUUGGGAACAGGGAAGCAGACAAACAGAAUUCAACACAGCUCAGGGAUUUCAGACUGUCUUGGAACUAGUCCUGAAGUACCAGCAGCUUUGCAUCUACUGGACAAAGUAUUACAGCUUUGAUGACCCUGUUAUUGGACAAUACCUGAAAAGGCAGCUCAAGAAACCCAGGCCUGUGAUUCUGGACCCGGCUGACCCCACAGGAAACGUUGGUGGUGGAGACCCAUGCAGCUGGCCCCGGCUGGCACAGGAGGCGAGAGCCUGGCUGAGUUACCCGUGCUUUAAGAAUUGGGAUGAGUCUCCAGUGGGCUCCUGGGACGUGGGACCUGAAGAAGACAGCGAGGACGACACUUUGACCUGGGCUGAGCGCGCAUAUUACCAGUGCGACGACGGAUGGCGCCCUGAAUUCCCGCAGACCGGCAGCACGCGCCAGAGGGCAUCCGCUCCCGACGCGGAAGAGAACUGGACCUGCACCAUCCUCUGAGCGCCGGCGCAGCGUGGAGGAGAGGACUCCAGAGUCGGGGGGGCCAGCCCCCUCAUUUCCUGGGCGGGAUCUUAUCGGCUGUGACUUGGCAUCAGUGCUAGGACCAGAAUCCGGGUCUCCUGACCCCUCUUCCUGCUGUUCCCCUCUUUCUCGCCCUCCCUAGGUAGCGCUGCCCGCAGCUUCAUCCCGCCACAGCCUGUUUUCUGACAAUAUUCUCUGAGAGGCAACAGUUGAGGUUUAGACAAAAGAGUGGAAACUCAGCCUUGACUUUCUUCUGUGUACCUGGUGAGAGGGUUAUGGUCCAAUUUAUUAUCAAUAACAAUAAAAAUAAUAGC